AGAAAAUCCCACCGCCCAGGGGCUUGUGCGCGAACCACUCCAGCGCCGACAUUGUCCAGCCGGCGGCUCAUAUCCCCGCGGCGGGGCGGGGCGGCGCCGCGGCCGGCCCACUGCGGCACCCGCGGGCGGAGAGCGACGGAAGGGGAGUCCUGAGGGGGAUCUCCGAGGGGACGGAGGGGGUGAAGCCGCCUCUUCUGUCGCGACAGGGCCGGGCGGAGGCGGCCGAGACCCGUCUGCGGCAGGGGAAGCAGAGCCGAUCCACACACCAUCGAGAUUUUUGCUCUGAGGAAAACGCACAGUAAGGCGAGCUCAUCCCAGCGCUGGGUCUCCUCACGUCCACUGCCAUCCCACCGACUGCUUUUCAUUCCCUGCUGACUGACUGAUCGACAGCUAACUCCAGAUGGCUGGGUCAAGUAGAGGAAGAGGACGUGCUGCAUUCACCUUCAACAUUGAGGCCAUUGGGUUUGGUAAAGGUGCUGCUCUGCCUGAUGUCAUGUGUCAACCUCCACCAGCCUUUCCUGGAAGCUUGGACAAUCUUGAGGCAGAAAAGCAGUCUUACAAUGUUGCAGUUUUAUAUAAGAGAACUUACUGCUUAUGGCAGGAUUUGAUCAAGGAGAAGAUGAAGAUUACAUGUUGGCCUUAAAACAAGAUCUUAGACGAACUAUGAAAAAAAUGCCUUAUUUUUUGGCAGUAGAGGAAGAUCAUGAAGGAAAGAUUGGUAAGAAUUACUGACAAGUCACCUGAAAUAUGAAGGUUGAGAUGAAGAUAAGUGAUUUACUGAUGUUGGCAUCAGAAGCAGAGCUGGAUUAGAAGCCAAAGCUUGAUCUUACUCUGCUUGACCUAAGAAUGUCUUUUGCUUAUACAUAAUUAAAAAUUAUCCACUUUUUUAUUGUUUGAUAGCAAUUAAUGCUUUGCUAUACUUGACAUCCAGUCAUACAUCAUAAUACUGUUAAAAUCCAAGCUUUCUGGUUGGAAAACUGAGCUGGGAAGAGUGGGAGCAGGGUAGGAAGACUUUAAUGUCUGUCUCCCUUGCUGUGGCAGUGUUGUAAAUCUAGCAGCCACAGGAGGUUAUUACUGUGAGAAAGGCUUCUUUUUAUUUGUGAUUUUUGCCUGGUUGUGUCAUCCUCCUGAGUGCAUAUUCUGAAUGUCAAGUCCUGUCACAGGAAAAUAGGAAAUACAACAUAGCAGGAAAUGCCACCUGUUGGACCCUGGGUCCAAUCCGUGCCAGAGGAAGUCGUUAAAAAGCUUAUAAAAUGUUUAAGAAAUCCAGAAUGGCCAAACACUGGAUAGUCUUUUCCUUGCUAUCUUGUGCUGAUGUUGAAUAACAAGAGCUGACUUGAACUCUAAAAUACAUGGUUUAAUUUCCACCCCAAAACCAUCAGAAUAUUUUCUGACUGAAUAUUCCUGAUGUCGAUAUGACAGAGGUUCAUUUUCCAAUCCCCUCUGAAUUCUUGAUAAUUUUUGUUCAUGGGGUAGGGGUUAAUUCUAGAGGUUUUUGAGGCUGCAUGCAGGUUUUUUUAUUAGGCUUUGAACAUAACUCUGAUUAACACACAUUAUUGAUUGUCCACUUGUUCUCACGCUAAAGCACUGAUUAAAAUGGAGCAGCACGCUGCAGUGCAAGCUGUGAACACUCUGCUGCCCAGAUGUUGUGGCUCACAAAAGGCAGAAUAUUUCCUCUGAGCUGCAUCUGGAGCCCAGCAGUCAGCAAGAUGCAGCAGGAAGCCGUACUGCAGCACAGGCACAGCCCAGGGUGGACCCUGGUGAUGCAGCCAGUAAUUGAGAGGUACAGUAAAAAGUAUCAGGACAAGGAGCAUGCAACAUGGACCCCAGAUUGGAGGAGGCUCCCAAGAGAGAUGAAGCCAAGGAAGAAGACCAAAAGAGCUUGCUUCUGCAGAAUUGUGAACCAGAUCCUUCAACAGCAGUUGGAGCUGGUAUUGGUUGUUCUUACAGGAAAAAACUUUUUUAUUACACAGCAUCAUACAUCAGGUGCAAAACCAAAAAAGGCAAAAAGCUCUGAGCCUAAAAGUAAUGUGGAUGUGUUGAAAAAAAUUGAGCAACUGGUAAAGGGAAAUCAUCAUCUCAAUUUAUUACACGAGACAUACUUUUCUAGACUUCAAGUCCAAUGGCUAAUGCUUGAUCAAUGGGGAGGAUGUGCUGUUGCUGUAACACAGGAUUACCUUGUAAAGGAGAUUGCCUUGUGGCAGGAGUUGGAAAAGAAGGAUGAUGAAGAAGAAAAAUCUGAAGAUGAGAAAGAAAAAACAAAAGACAAAGAAGGUGAAGAUAAUGAAGAAGCAGAAGAACCAGAGGAAUAUGAUGAAGAGGAGCAAGAAGAGGCAAAUGACUACAUUUCUUCGUAUUUUGAAGACGGAGACGACUUUGGUGCUGGCAGUGAUGACAACAUGGAUGAAGCAACAUACUAGCUAUUGUUGCUGGGUGGUAUACUGCUCAAGCCUUACAUUACCUGAAGUAGAAUUGUGGAGGUGCGCCAAGUAUCAACAGAACUAAUGCUUAAGCUCUGUUGGUUUUAAGUAUACUCUACAAAAACAUGUUGGACAAUUGUUUUUGAUUGCACUAUGCUGUAAAACAGGAUAUGGAAUCCUUUGUUUUGUUCUUUUGCCAAAUGUUUCACAGACAUGCUCCUUCUUAAGGCUUUCUGGAAUGCCUACUGGUGGAUUAAGUGAUAUGCCAUUGUAUUGCCUCUGCACAGAAAAGAAUGUAUGCAUCUCAAUCAAACUUGUGCCUAAGCAUUUGCACUAGUCAGUUCUACGCUUCAGCAGUCAAGUCUUGAAAAUAGGAAGUGAAAUUCUUGAUGAUUGCAGCAAAAACAGAGAUCUGGCCUUUAUGGACAUAAGCUGCUCGUAUUUGGGAACUACUUCUCCAAAGGAAUUUAUGUAACUUCUGAAUUCAGGUGACUAAAAAUAAUUAAUGACUAAGCACUUUAAUAUAAACUGACUUGAAAGUAUGAGAGUAUUUUGAAGAGCUAUUAUUCUAGUUAAAAGAACGAAUUAGUAUCUUGGUAAAAAGGGUCUGUAGUACUUACUUAACAAUGUGAAUAAGGUUUAGGAAUAAGCAUUAAGUAAUAAUUAAGGGUAAUUUCAUUUAGAAAGAAUAUAUGGCAGAAUUUUAAGUUCGAGAAAUACAGAAUCCUGGUUUUCACCAGUGGCACACAGAUCAGUGACAAGAAUGUCAGUCCUUUCUUUGCCUCAGUUUCUCCACCCCUAAAGGUGAUCCUAGCUUUCUUACCUGUUAAGUGAGAUGGCAGAUGAUAGGUACCUAUGUAACUGUUAAUGCAUUUAUUUACUUCCUAAAGACAGAAACUUAACAGACAGCAAAUUAAUACAAAAAAACCCCAACCAACCCAAACAGAAAACAAACAAACCCCCGUAAACAACUCAAAAACACAGGAAGAGAAUGCGAUGAAGUAUUUUAGUGCGUGAGGUUUUAAUUAGGAAAACAGGACAAGAAUGUUGAGAAUAGCAAAACUAGAAUGUUUGGAAAUACCCAUUUUACUUAGGAACUGACAGCUGACACGCAAACUUAUUCCUGUGAUUAUAUAGUUGAAGAACACAGUGAGAGCAUUCUCUGUGUCCUGUUGUCCUUUGCUGGUACAAAAUAUCAUUGGUCAGUGUUAAUAUAUUACUUUUGAUUAGGGUGUUUUGUUUUGGUGUUUGUUUUGUUGGGUUUUUUUUUUACUUUCUUAAAACAUUCUGUUCCUGAUAACCAGUGCUGUUAUCAGAUCUCAUGAAAGAACAGUUUUAAACCAAAACCAAUUCUUUUAUCAGCUAAGGAAGCUGCAGAAGUUUCCCUUCUGAGUCUGGUGUUAAGCAGUACCUCACUGCUGCCUGGAAAACAGUACUGUAUUAUUCUGUGAACUCCUGUAUGUAGUAAGUAUUUGAUCAUUAAGGUGUAGCAUUCAAGUGCUCUGAUACAAUACAUAUCAGAUGUAAAGGAAAUGGAACUAAAAUGCUAUGCAGGUCACACCCCAGAGGUAUAACAAUUUUAUUUGGAAGUGUUUGUAGCUAUACAAACAAUUUUUAAUAAAGAUUCUGCUGCAUUGCA